AAAACGGAGUUGUCCGUAUAUUAUAUUUUGUAGCGAUCAAGAGAGACUAAAGCAGACAUGUGAGAGAGGAGAGGAUCCUAUAAACAAUUUAAUCUAAGAUCUCUGGUUCCUCCUUCUCAUAUAUAUAUUGCAUAUACACACAUAGUUCCUCUAUAUAGAAGAGAGUAGAAAUCAAUCAAGAAAGCUCAGUACGAAGGAAGAGGCUAAUAAUAUCAAACAUAUAUAGAAGAAGAAUGGAUCCGAGGGAAAAGAAGAGAGGUUCUUUAAAAGAGAAGUUUCAAUUGCUUCGUUCAGUCACUAAUUCUCAUGCUGAAAACGAUACAUCGAUCAUAAUGGAUGCAUCAAAAUAUAUCAAAAAGCUUAAGCAGAAAGUUGAAAGAUUCAAGGAAGACACUAGCAGGGGGCAAUCUUCAAGCGAGCCCACGGAUCCCACCACACCAAUGGUAACAGUGGAAACCCUAGAAAAGGGUUUUAUGAUAAACGUAUUCGCAGGGAAGAAUCAGCCAGGCAUGCUUGUUUCGGUAUUAGAAGCCUUUGAGGAUAUUGGGCUUAACGUCCUCGAAGCUAGGGUUUCAUGUACCGACUCCUUUAGCUUGCAUGCCACGGGAGUCGAGGUAAUUAACAAAUCAACAGAGAAACAUAUUACAUCAGUUCUGUAUCGUACUUAUAACUAUUUGCCUAUAUAUAUAUAUAUAUGUUUCGGACAGUAUUUGUAUGAAGUUCUUACUACAGGCGAUCAGAUUUUGCGAUAGCGUCGUCAAUAUAUGAUUAUGAAAUCUUAUUUGGAUUAUGAAUGUUUGUGAUUUUGCUAAUGAAAAUUCAAAAAUACUAUAUAUAGUAGAUUAUAAUAUGAAGGGGGCAAUGUAAGAAACACUUAUACAAAAUUUAUAUAUAACAUUGUCUAGGUCCUUAUGUGAGUGUUGAAAAUAUAAAAAAAUUUAGUGAUUACGCACCUUUACUAAUUGCAGAAUGAGGAUGGAGAGGGUAUGGAUUCUGAAGCAGUGAAACAAGCAGUGACAGAUGCAAUCAGAAGCUGGAGUGAAAGCAAUGAUCUACAGAGCUUAGAUUGACCCACAUUUUUAUUUAAUUCUCUUUAUUAUAUUUUAUUUAUGCAAAAAUAUAAUAACACAAUUUCUAUAGUAAUUCUGUUUGUUUCUUCGUCUGUUCAUCUUGUAACCCAUAAUAUUCUCCUAGAAAAGGGAUAAUGAAGAAAAAUCAAUUGUAUGUUACUACUAUAUUCUCACACAAUUAAGCAAUAG